AUGCAACAAAUUGAACAACGCGCCGUCACCCAAGAUGAAAGAAUUCGUCAACUCGAAGAUAUCCUGGCACGACAGUCGGCAAACCUUCCGACCGAAGGAAACGUUACCGAGACGACCACGGAACCUACGCUAACCCCUGUUGAAUCGAUUUCGACUACCGUACGUAGACCUAGAUCUCGACUCCCGGAUCCACCACCAUUUGCUGGGAACGUUAACGACUGGGGCACUUGGCGGAUCACGAUGGAGAAUAAGCUAGCAGUCGACGGCGAAGCGAUUGGGUCUAAGCAGGACCAAUUUAUGUAUGUCUUCUCGCGCCUCGAGAAGCUCGCAUGGAAGAAUACUGGAACGUAUGUGAAACACUCGCGAGACACUGCCGGUCCAGACGACCUGCUCGCGUAUCUUGAAGGCAUAUAUGGAGACCCGAACGCGCAAUCGCGAGCCGCAAGAAGACUCCAUCAGAUAAAGCAGACAAACCGGCAGCCGUUUACCCGAUUCCUACCGAAGCUUGAGAAGGAAUUUGCAGACGCCGGAGCUAUGAGCUGGCCAGACGAGGCUAGACGGCAGAUCCUACUAGGCGCGUUGAACGAAGAGAUGAGUGCUGCGCUAAUGAAUCGCGGCAUUCCCGCCACCUAUUCGGGGCUGGUUGGCCGGCUGCAUGAAAUUACGACCGAUAUGGAUGCUUUGAAUCUGAGUAAGGGUCGAACCAACAAAUCACUCCGUCGCCAACAGAAGGACCCGGACGAGAUGGAUUGGUCCCCUACUGUCAACGCCAAUCGUGUUAAUCCUCGAGCGAAUCGCCCCCGAAAAAGUGUCGACAAGCAGGCGAAAUGGGAUGUUCCUAUCGACCUGCCGAGCGCCCAGGCUCUAGUCGCGUCGCAGCCGGUCAGACGAAGAAAGACCGAAAAGACACCGGUUCUUUGCCGAAACGAAGUCGAGUGA